UCAGAGAGAGUGCACGAGAAGUUGCAGCUCUCUGACAAGAAAAAGUAAAAAAAAUGACCUUUUAAGUUUUCUUUUAUUUUACGUUUUUGUGUGGUCGGGACUACUUUAGACGUCGACAUCAUGCACGGUUCUAAAACUUGGUUCUCUCCACUUCAAGGAAUAUAAAUGCGGUGAUAAACAGGUUUAUGGACGUAGCUCUGUCUUGUACGUGCAUGCUAACAAGCUACCUCGCCGGCUAACGUAGUCCUAGCUAACGCUUCUUUUACCGCUUUCAGUCUGAAUACGGAUUGGAUUUUUAUCUUCAGUUAGCUACAUUUCAUCCGAUAAGCCCUCGGUGAACCUGCAAAAUGGAAAUCGAUGCAGUUGUAUGUGAUUUUAGUCCUGUCAGUGAUCAGCUGAGCUCGGGGCCUGAAUCGGUCUCCAGGCUUUCCAGGCCGUUUUUGCCUGAGAUCGGGGCUAAGGGCUCCCCCUGCAUGAAGAACCUCUUCUCCCCCGGACCUGCUGCCGUGCUGUCUCCCGUCACCAACUUGACACUAAACAUGGAUAAUCUUGCCGUUCUUGGGGGACAAUGUGAGACGCCUAAACGGAAGAAGCCCGUCCUGAAGAUUCCUUCGUUCGCAUCCGACACUUCAUCUGAUGCAGGUCUCGGUCUGGACUCUCCUAGCCCCGUGGAUCCAGUGGAUGCAGAACAGAAGUUUGAAAAGGCCAUACAGAAUGCAACCAAAGUGAUCAAUGAAAAGAUGCCCAUUCGUAGGAUACACUCACUGCCACCACAGUUAUUGGGUCAUAGUCCCAAUCUGAAGAGUAAAGAUUCUGAUCUUCCAAGAUAUGGAAUCUUCAGUCAGACAGCCAGCUUGGCUAACAAAGAGAAUGUGCAUGAGAGCUUUGAAUUUAAGAAGCCCACCCAGCCUAUUUCUCGCUGUCGACUGCGUUCAACUGGAGAUGGAAAAGACACUUUUGCCUGCCGCCCUAGCUCUGCUCCUGCGCUAAUGCUUUCCCCUCCAUCAUUCAGUCCUCUAGCUUCACCAGAUGGCAGCAGCCCAUUUGUACUACGACGUGUGUCACUCUCCAGCUUUGAUGAUGAUGAUGGUUUUCUGGAAGUACUUGAUGAUGUAGAGACGGAUUCAGAAGUGCCUACCGGAAUGGCCAACCUGCUCACGGCUCCUCUGGUGGCUGAUCAAAAUACAGACUCGCCCGACUCGCCUAUUCGUUGUCGGCCACGGGGGUUGUUCCGCUCUCCCUCAAUGCCCACGGGUGGCCGUUCUGCUCUCAAGAGACCUGAUAGGCCCAGAGAUGAGAAUACACCUGUCCGUGUGAAGAGGAGACGGAGUGUGGCAGGGUCACAUGUCACAGCCAUGGAGCAGGAUGAUUCUGUCCCUCAACAGGUGCAGCGCUCAAAGUCUUUCAAUCACUCAGAGAUUGAGAGACUGUUAGCCAGGGACCCCAAUAAUGUAAUAGGAGAUUUUACCAAGCCCCCUGCUCUGCCCACAGUUGACGGAAAACAUCAAGACUUGAAAUACAUCACUCCAAAAGUUAUGGUUGAGGCAAUAAAUGGUCAGUUCAGUAAUGUGGUGGAAAGACUCUUUGUUAUUGACUGUCGGUAUCCGUAUGAGUAUGAGGGAGGACAUAUUAAGGGUGCGUUAAACCUGCAUCUGGAGGAGCAAUUUGAGGAGUGCUUUUUCAGACAGCCGAUCAUUCCUCAGUGCCCUGAGAAACGUGUAUUACUGGUGUUCCACUGUGAGUUUUCAUCAGAGCGCGGUCCACGAAUGUGUCGCUUUGUUCGCGAGAGGGACCGUGAUCUAAAUGUAUAUCCCAAUCUCCAUUACCCUGAACUCUAUGUACUGAAGGGAGGCUACAAGGACUUCUUUCCCUUACAUAAGAAAGAGUGUGAGCCUCAGGAUUACAGGCCGAUGCAUCAUGAGGACUUCAAGGAGGACUUGAGAAAGUUUCGCCUGAAGAGCCGUACAUGGGCAGGAGAGCGCAGCAAGAGAGACAUGUACAUCCGCCUUAAAAAUCUCUGAGGCACAUGAGCAUGCUCUUGGAUUUACGGCCUAAAAUUGCUCACACCUUGCCCUCUCACUUGACCAGCCUGUGGCAGUGACCUUAACUGAUGGCCAGUAUUGUUCAGUUAGAUACAGCCUUAACUCGGCUACACACUGCUUCCCUCCUUGGAAAUGAUCACUGCCAAGUUUUUUUAUAUAUAUAUAAAUAUAUAUAUACUGGUCCCCUGCCUUAUUUUCCUUUUUAAACAAUUGUGUGGAAGACCUCAAAGCA